CGCGAGCCGCUCCGCAGACAUUUGUGUACACGUAUUACGGCUGCAUGGGCUGGACCUGAUAGGCGAUGGGAACGAGCUAACUUAACGGUGGAAACCUAGCCAGGCUAACUUGAAAAAUAUAGCUAAUGUACACGGAUAAAGUGUGUUUUUCUCAUAAUAGUAGGACUGUACUUUCGUGCAUGGGAAGCAGACGACGUUUGCUGCUGGUGGUUAAAAUCGCUUCAAGGUGGCGACAGACAAGGUUGCUGGUAAGCUGAGUUCUACUCUCUCAUGGGUGAAGAACUCAGUCAGUCAGAUGGCUAGUCAGGUGGCCACGCCCACGUCCCUGCAGACCACUGCCACCUCCUCCUCUACAUCUCUGUCCUCGCCUGCCCUCUCUCCGUCCUCGCCGGCACAGCUCAGUCCAGAUGAUGUGGAGCUGCUUGCUAAGCUUGAGGAGCAGAACAGGCUGCUGGAGACUGACAGCAAGUCGCUGCGCUCCAUGAAUGGCUCCAGGAGAAACAGUGGCUCCUCCCUGGUGUCAAGCUCCUCCGCCUCCUCUAACCUCUCCCACUUGGAGGAGGACUCAUGGAUUCUCUGGGGACGAAUAGUCAAUGAGUGGGAGGAAGUGCGCAAGAAGAAGGAGAAGCAGCUUAAGGAUCUCGUUAGAAAAGGGAUUCCUCACCACUUUCGGGCAAUAGUGUGGCAGCUGUUGUGCAAUGCUCAGAAUAUGCCCAUCAAGGAUCAGUACUCAGAGCUCUUGAAGAUGACGUCGCCCUGCGAGAAGCUGAUUCGCAGGGACAUCGCCCGCACUUAUCCUGAACACGAAUUUUUCAAGGAGAAAGACAGCUUGGGCCAGGAAGUGCUCUUCAAUGUCAUGAAAGCAUAUUCUCUGGUGGACCGUGAGGUUGGCUAUUGUCAAGGAAGUGCAUUCAUUGUAGGACUACUACUCAUGCAGAUGCCAGAAGAGGAGGCUUUUUGCGUGUUUGUGAAGUUGAUGCAAGACUACAGAUUACGAGAACUCUUCAAACCCAGCAUGGCUGAGCUGGGACUCUGCAUGUAUCAGUUUGAGUGCAUGAUCCAGGAGCAACUCCCCGAGCUGCACGUGCAUUUCCAGGCUCAGAGCUUUCACACCUCCAUGUAUGCCUCCUCCUGGUUCCUCACCAUCUUCCUCACCUCUUUCCCUCUGGCCGUCGCCACGAGGAUCUUCGAUAUCUUCAUGUGUGAGGGUCUGGAAAUUGUUUUCCGUGUUGGACUGGCCAUCCUUCAGAUGAAUCAGACUGAACUCAUCCAGCUUGACAUGGAGGGAAUGUUACAGCACUUUCAGAAGGUCAUCCCACACCAGCUCGACAGCGGACCAGAUAAAGUCAUCCAUGCUGCUUAUCAAGUUAAAUACAACGCCAAGAAAAUGAAAAAGUUAGAGAAGGAAUACACUACAAUCAAAACUAAAGAGAUGGAGGAGCAGGUGGAGAUAAAGAGGCUGCGGACUGAGAACAGACUUCUGAAGCAGAGGAUAGACACACUAGAGAAAGAAAGUGCUUCCUUGGCAGAUAGAUUGAUCCAGGGACAAGUGACUCGAGCUCAGGAGGCAGAGGAGAACUACCUGGUCAAGCGGGAGCUGGCCACAGUCAAACAGCAGAGCGAGGAGGCCAGUGCUCAGCUGGAGCAGGCCAAGAACACCAUCAGGCAGCUCCAGCAGCAGCAGCAGCCACAUGCGAAGGGAGCCCCUCGGUUCUCUGAGGAGUCCGUUCUGCAGCUGGAGAGAGAGCUUGUGCAGGCCAGGCUGAAGGAGGCAGAGUCCCAGUGUGCUCUCAAGGAAAUGCAAGACAAGAUCCUGGAAAUGGAAAAGAGGAACACGUCGCUACCAGAUGACACCAAUGUUGUGCGUCUACAAGAGGAGCUGAUUGGGGUGAAGCUGAGGGAGGCGGAGGCUUUGACGGGCCUGAAAGAGCUGAGACAGCAGGUCAGAGACCUGGAAGAGCACUGGCAGCGUCACUUGGCACGCACCGCUGGUCGCUGGAAGGACAGCCCCAGGAAGAAUACGCUGAGUGAGCUGCAGGACGAGCUGAUGAGCGUGAGGCUGCGUGAGGCCGAAGCUCAAGCAGAGCUGCGAGAGACACGGCAGAGGAUGCUGGAGCUGGAGACACAGAAUCAGAUUCACAGCAACCACCUGCGACGGGCGGAACAGGAGAGCCGGUGUCUCCAGGAGCGUGUACAAACACUGACGGUGCAAAACAAAGAUUUACACGUGCAACUGCAAGAGAUCAAGCGGAGACAAGCUGAGAUUGAGUGCAAGAGCAAAGAAGAGGUGAUGGCAGUGAGGCUGCGAGAAGCUGACAACAUUGCUGCUAUGGCUGAACUCCAGCAACAGAUCUCAGAGCUUGAGAUUCAGAAAGAAGAAGGAAAGGUCCAAGGCCAGCUCAACCACACAGACUCCAGCCAGUACAUCCGCGACCUCAAAGAACAGAUAACAGAGCUAAAACAUGAGAUAUGCUGCUUAAAAGGGCAGAGGGGCCUGGCCAAACAGCCCGCUUUUGAUGGGAUCCAUAUCGUCAAUCACUAUGUGGGGGAUGAUGAGUCUUACCAUUCUUCAGAUGAAGAUGGAGUCAAGGACCCCACCCUCCAGGACACCCAGCAGAGGAGCGGCGUUGGCGGCCCUAUCAGACUGCGCUCCAACCUCGAAGACACAGACAGCGAGGAAGAGGAGGAUGGGGAGGCCCUGCGGCUCACUGUACCUUCCAGCGGCAGCCACAAGUCCACCACCGUGUGACGAGCACCCGCUGGCCGCCAGAGUCAGGACACAGGCUGUCAGCACUCACUGAGGAAGAGAGGGUGUUCCCAGCAGCCAUUUCAGAGGAGAGGUCUAGAUCUGGAGUACUGAAUUUCAGAAUGGAAAUGCAUCAUCAUUUCAUAUCAUAAGAAUUACACUUAUAGGUUUAGUUUUUCUUUGGUUACCUCCCUUUUGUGGUCUUUGUUUUCUUCCGGAGGGCGGCAAACAGCUGUCUGAGCACCACUGAUAGCUAGCACAUCAUCAGUCUGCACCUCAGCAGAAAAUGGAAAAAAUGUGGGGUAUAUCAAACCCAACUGGGCCACAGAGACCACAGAGACCAGAGGAUGAAGGGCAAGGUAUAGCUGGUGGUGGUGGUGGUGGUGGUGGUGGUGGGUGGGGUAGAGGGUUGUCACUCUGUCACUCCUCUAACCCCAUCCAGCUAGGUACAACACAGAGAAAGAGACUGUGCAAUAAAAUAUUUUAUGCUAUCUUACACACUUCAUCCAAUGUGUUUUUAUAUUUUUAAAGCAUUUUAUAAAUGAACAUCAAACAUAUUGAUGCCAUUACUACUAAGUGUCCAUCAUGCAGAGGCAGAAACGUAUGAGCGGUGAGUGCGUGUGUGUGUGUAUGUGUGUGUAUAUAUAUAUAUCUAUUGUCUUGAUGAGCUUGAUCAGAGCCCAAUAUCAAAGCCGCUCGGAUCAGCCAGCGUUGACUUUUUGGCCUUAGCACAUGCUGCAUGCCUUUAAACGAGGGCUAGUGUACCAUGAGGUCAAUAUGACAUCUGCAAACUUGUAGAUAUGUAAAUGUGUAUUAUGUCUUGUUUUGUUUUGUUUUUUUUCAAUUCCCUUUGAACUUGAAAAUAUGUAUCUAUUGCAUAUCUGACAUUUAGAAUAUAUUGUACAAUACAGAAAAAAGGGACAUGUUAGUUAAAAUGACAAAAACCUGCUUCAGAGACAGCAAAGGACAGUUUCUGUUAAGAGAAAAAGACUCAUCUUUCCUCACUAGAAGGCUUCAACUUACUGUUUUCAGAGCAGUAGAAAAUGGGACAGAUUUAUUUCUUAGCUACUGUUGCUGUUGUUCUCUGAGUUCUCUGAAAGCAUCCAGACUUUACUUUCAAAAUGAGCCCUGCAGAAAAUCAAUUCUACGCAUAGUAAUUGCUUUUUGCUGUUGAGUCAAAAAUGAGUAAUGUCUAUCAUGUGUUUUGUGUAUCACAAAUUUGCACGGAAAUGGAUGACAGACCUAGGGAACUUCAACUGGGAGAUAAAGCCGAGAUAACACAACAUACUACACUUUAUAACACAGUGUGGAGGGGAGUCGAAGAUGCAUUUUGUCAAGUGUUACCAAAGUAAGCACUAUAUUCUGCAUUAUACUGUCAGCAGGCCAGUCCCACUCCAUUUCACACGCAAGGACCUGGAUGUGUAAACGUUUCUCUGAAUGUCCGUGUUGAACACUAACUCCUGUAUUCACUGACAGACAUGGUGGAAGUGAACGCAGCGGUCUUGGCCGUCAUGUCCAGGAAACAGAAAAGAUUCUGACUUUGGGUUUGUGAUGAUGAUGAUGAUGUCCCGUUGAUCAACAAGAUAUCCUAUGUCUUUUGAUGGGAGAGGAACUUGUUUUGGCACUUUUUUUUGAGUCUGCAGUGCAGUAAGGACACAAUGGCAACGCUAUGGAGCAUUCAGCACACUCUGGAGACUACAUGAGAUUGUUGUGUGUGUGUGUGAUGAUGAUGAUGAUGAUGAGUUCACAAUAAAAAUGUUUAAUAAACUCUU